AUGGGAGAAAACACAACUGAAACCAUUCAAGCAGUUGCUACAACUGCUGGAAAAGAACUGAUUUCACCUUCUCAUCCUUAUUUUAUUGCUCCUUCUGAUUCCCCAGGAAUUUUGCUUGUCAAGACAGCCUUUGAUGGGAAAGGAUUUGCUGGAUGGAGGAAAGGGGUAUUGACUGCUCUCACAGCCAAAAACAAGGAUGGUUUUAUUGAUGGAACAACUUCUGAACCAACUGAUGAUGCAGAUCUGCACAAGCCUUGGGGAAGAGCUAACAACAUGGUUAUUUCAUGGCUUUUGAACUCUCUUUCAAGGGAAAUUUCUGAGAGUGUGAUAUACUCUUCUACAACCAAGGAUCUUUGGUCUGAUUUAGAAGCAAGAUUUAGUCAAAGUUGUGGUGCUAAGCUUUUUCAACUCCAGAAGGAGUUGAGUGAUCUUGUGCAAGGGGCUAAUGACAUAGCAGCCUAUUACACAAAGAUCAAACGACUAUGGGAUGAACUUGAUGCACUUGACAUUUACACCAUUUGCAGCUGCAACUCAAAAGAUAAUAUAUUGAAGAUCUCCCUUUUGCCUACUGUUGCUAAUGCCUAUGCUUUGCUUGUUCAAGAAGAAAAGCAGAGAGAAUUUCACAACACCCCUAUGUAUCCUGAUGAGAGUUCAUAA